CAAGCAGCGACUUGUGCACCCACAACACAUACAAGUGAAUCAGAAGUACGAAAUGAGUCGGUGGCACCCCAAAAUAUUACAUUUGGCAGCAAAGGUCCAAAUGGACGCACUUGGAUUGGUGUGCAAGAUAGGCAAUUAGUCCCUUCUGAUAAGUGUUCAAGGAGGAUUACCAAGCUAUUCCAUGAAAGAGUAGAUCCUAUUGGCUAUGCCUGGAAAUACCUUAGUGAUGAAACUGUUAUGUUUUAUUGGGAGGAGUUCAAAAAACAUUUUGAGUGGGACCCAAGAACCACUUCUUUAGUAUAC